UAUACACACACACACACACACACUCAAACACAGGCAUACACACAGAAGCACGCACUCUAGCGCGUGCACUCGGUCCAUGCGCCACGCACUCACACACACUCGCUCGCUCGCACAUUCACCGCCGCACGUCUCUGACAAGGAAAAUCGUCAUUAUUUUUUAUUAUUUUUUAUUUUUUUCUUCUUCCGCGGACGCCGUUCAUCGUAGCGGGCCGUUAUGGCAGCCACGCUGUUAACGGGACACGAGGACUUUCUGCCGCUGAUGAAAGGCUUUCAGGAGGAAUCCGCUCUGUUCACCGACACCGACAGGGGACUGGCCAACGAAUACGCGCAGGCGAAGCUUGAAAUGGACAAAUACCUGACACCUCAGAUGCAGGACUCUCCGGCAGUCAAGAAGCCGUGCCAGGAUAGCCCCUCUGUGGAGUUUUUCUGCGAUGAGCAGGGCUCCCCUUACAGCAUCAACAUGAACGUGUACCUACCUGACAUCGCGUACCUGCGCGGCAGCCUGUGCCGCCCGCAACGCCACUCUGUCCCCAGCCAGGUGAAAAGCAAACCCGUGAGCUCAACCUUCUCUCCGGCUCCAGACUGUUCCGUCGCUCCGUCUCUCCCCGAUUUCACUACCAUCUUCAGCUCGCCCUCGGCACAAUGCGCUAACAUGGAUGCAGGCGACGCAUCCAACGGCAUCUACAUCAAGCAGGAAAUGCCAUCUUUUGAGCUUCCCCAGGACGGCCAUCUGUUUCAGCUGCUCAGCUCGGAGCUGGACGUUCCCAUUCAGGACUCUCACGCCCAUGCCAUGUCAUCAGAGGUGCCGUCCUUCCACGACCUGCACUUAGCAGCCACACAGACUGCCAACAAGCCAUACUGCGCCAUGCCCACGGCUGCGUAUCCGCUCGGCCCCUCAGGUCACUUCACUCAGGGCCACACACAGGUCAAAGCGCCCUACCUUCCUCCCUCGCCGCCCACCUCCGAGCCGGGCAGCCCAGACCGGCAGAAAGAGCUGCUGCACAACCUGACGCCUCCGCCAUCUUAUGCCGCCACCAUCGCGUCCAAAAUGGCCUGCCACAUGCCCGUUCAUCAAGCACCCACAUCCACACGGGCGCACGUGACCCCCAGCGCCGGGGUCAUGCCCGUCCGGUACAACCGCAGGACAAAUCCUGACCUCGAGAAGAGGCGGAUACACCACUGUGACUUCCCAGGUUGCAAGAAGGUUUACACCAAAUCCUCGCAUCUGAAAGCUCAUCUGAGGACACACACCGGUGAGAAGCCAUACAGGUGCACAUGGGAAGGGUGUGACUGGAGAUUCGCUCGCUCAGACGAGCUCACGCGCCACUUCCGCAAACACACCGGGGCUAAACCCUUCCAGUGCGCAGUGUGCAGCCGCAGCUUCUCCCGCUCAGACCACCUCGCUCUGCACAUGAAGAGGCACCAGAACUGAGCGCUACACACUCACACACACUACACAACGACUACACAACGACUACAUGCAUUUAUAGAGGGAAUUACUGUACACACACACACACACACACACACACACACACACUGACAAACUGACAAUCAUGUUCAUUCUCUACCCACACACAAAACACAACACACACACACACACAAAACACAACACACACACACACAAAACACAACACACACACACACACAAAACACAACA